CAAGGGCCGGCCUGCACCAAGACGGUCCGUGCGGUGCAAGCGUCGUCAAGGAAACAAUGGCUGGGAGGGCGAGUCGCGGAGAGGAUUCCUCGCUCUCUCCCGACUCACGCUCCACAACAGCACGCCACACGACGUCCGACGCCCUCCUCGCGGGCGGAUUCGGCGGCGCAUGCCUUUGUGUCGUGGGCGCACCGUUCGAUGUGGUCAAGGUGCGGCAGCAGCAGACGCGCAGCGACGGUGCAAGUCCUAGCCGCAUUGUCCGCUCCAUCCUGCGCGCCGAAGGCGUCGUCGGCCUCUGGCGUGGCGUCGGUCCUCCGUUGAUGGUGGCGGUGCCGCAGUUUGCCUUGGUGUUUGGCUCACACGAGGCGGCGAGGGCCCUGAUUUCGCGCCACUCGACCCGGCCUCCCGGCGACGGUAGAGACGCCGCUCUUGCGGGCGCCCUCGUCGCUGUGCCAACGACAUUCGUCUACACGCCGGUAGAUCGCGUGAAGCUGGCGAUGCAGAGCGACGGGCGGCGCGUAGCCUCCGGGCUUCCGCCUCUGUACUCCUCAGCCUCGCAGUGCGCCCGCCAGCUCUGGCGCAGCGGCGGAGCUGCGAGCUUCUCACGGGGCUUCUUCGCUACCCUGGCGCGGGACGUGCCCGGGUGGGCGUCUUACUUCUAUGUCUACUCGGCGGCCAAGCGUUGGCUGACCUCCGGCGGCGGUGUGCUCGAUGGCACCGCCGAGCUUUCGCCCGUUGCGAGCCUCGCCGCCGGCCGGGAGGCGGCCUCGCCGGCGCGGCGACGUGGGCGACAUGUCUGCCGCUGGACGCGGUCAAGACGCACUACCAGUCGGACGUGGCGCACCGCACGUACCGGGGUGCUUGCCGCGCCAUCUUUCGGGCCUCGGGCGUCGGAGGCUUCUUCGCGGGCUUCUGGACGAUGGUGCUCGGCGGUGUGCCGCGCGACGCGGCUUGCUUUGCGGGGACCGAGGCUGCCCAGCGAGCGCUAGCUCUUCGCCGCAUGCCACAAGCAGCAAGCACAGCCGCUCGAAUAGGAUUUGAACCCCGCAACUCUUAGAACCUCUUUUGGGGGUCGGUGGACUUAAAGAAUUGACUGCUGUCUU